GCAUCCCGUCGCACGAUCCAAGUGGAGAGACCUGCUGAAGAUGAGAAACAUCUGGAAGCAGGAUGGUGCUGCAGAUCGGCAGAUCGAGAUGCUCAAGGACUCGGCUUUCAUCAACGAUGAGAUGCCUCCCGAAUUCGCAAAGGCAGUGCAUCAGUCCAUGGAGGUAAGGCUCUUCUUUCCAGAUGAGGUAGUACAGCACAAGGAUCAGCCCGCAGAUGUCCUCUACCUGGUCUGCGAAGGCCAAAUUGAGCGGUUGUCUGAGGGCAAGAAAUCGAUCAUUGAUGUUGGGGGCAUUUGGGGUGAAGCCGGGCUGCUCUCGGACAAAGACGGGCCUUCUGACACGCUUACCGCGAAGACCCCCUGUGGGGUGCUGGCCUUGCACCGCAAGAACAUGAUAGACGUCUUCGACCACUUCCCUGAGGCCAAGGCACAGUUCGAAGCGAUUUCAAGGAGGUCACGGGAGGGCGUCUUUGAGGCUGGCGGACAGUCUUGGAACAUCUACAGGAUGUCUUGCUUCAAGGAUUGUAGCAGCCGGUUUCUCUACCUGCUGGACUUGCACCUGGAGCGCCACAUCUUCUUCAGUGAUGAGACCGUUGUCGUCGAGAACACGGAGGGCGAGGACAUGUACAUCCUGUACAGUGGCACGAUGGAAGUGAAGGCUUGCUGCUGA